CAAAAAGCGCAAAAUGACGUGUCGGCGGAUUUUCUACGACCUUCUCCCAAAAACAUCACGAAAUAACGAAAUUUAUCAAAAAAACCUUUUUUCUUCAGUUUUUGUUAUGCUUUUAAGUUUUUAAGAAAAGGUCGUAGAAAAUGCAGCGACGCAUUAUUUUAUGCUCUUUGACAUGGUAUUGUUAAAGAAUAGCUUGUUGGAUCUAAAAACUAUCGUGUUCGGUUCUUAUAAUAAACCUUACCGUCAUAAUUCAUUUACGCAAUCUUGAUGUGGAAUACAUUAGAUAAAAUAUUUCAUUGACUAUUAAAAUCAUCUUCAGAAUUUGACCUAGGUGCUUAAGUUUGUUCCAGCCCCUUAUCCGAGCUAUAAUCCAUGGUUUGAAAUCAUAUUGGAUACACAAGAAGGUUUCGGUAAGACUAGAAAAACUCUAAAACAAUUCAUGCCCAUUGAUUUCUCGAGCCGAGCUAUGAUCAUUUUACUGAACUUUCGACCUAUAGCAAUGCAUAGAGAAAAAACAAUGAUUAGUUAUUUGUUUCGUGAAAUUAAAAUCACAUAUAUUUUUCUUAUUUCAGGAUCUAUUUUCAUCAAUAGCCAAUUAUAAAAUAACUGGAGAAAAUGUGGCAGUUAAACAAGAAAUUAUACGUUCAAGAAUGAAAUUAGUUGAUCAAACAGCAAUUAAUCUUAAUAAUCGUCUCUAUCAAUGUCAAAAUGA